CUUCCCUCCACUCCUUGCAUUUCCUUUUCUCUGCAUUGGAGAAGAGCAGAACCUCCUGGAACAUGUCGUCUUUGCUCCGACUUAGGCUGCCUUUUGUCAACAAAACUUAGUAGUAUAGACAAGGCCUUAGUCUUGUCCAUUUCGCUUGUGUGAGAUUUGCUAUUAGGGCUGUGGUUAGAAAUCUGUAGCAGUCUAGUUUGUUUGAUCUGUUUUUUCCUGGUGAUUAGAUUGCUUUUAGAUUUUGAUUUUAUUUUUGUUUGGGUAGAAUUGUCUGCUUUUUUGGUCAAGAGAUGAGUGGUGUUAGGACCUGGAAGUGACGGUAUGUUUUUGUUUGGUUGUACUGUCUAGUUUUCUAGUGUUUUCCAACAGAGAAGAUAUGUGCUGGUUUGAGUUGGAACCAAAAGCUGAAUGUUUGUUUGUGUUUGCGUGUUCAUUAAGUGGAGGAACUGUGCUAGUUCUGCUCACAUAUGGCAUCUGUGGCAGAGGCAGAAGUCUAAGGCCUGGUUUUGUUCAAAAAUUAGAUCAACCUAGCUAUGUCGCUCGGGUCUGUGAAAAGUUUUGCAUCCUUAGUUAGGUUAACCUAACCCCCAGUGUAGAUGCGGCUAGAUUGACAAAAGAAUUCUUCUGUCAACCUAGUUACUUCCUCUUGGAGAUUGACUACAUUGACAGAAAAAAACCUGGAUUCAAUGUACCAAACUUCCUUCUCCUCUGAGCUUCAGUUGAGACAAGACUGAUUUCUGUAGGAGUUGGCAGGGAGCUGAUGCAGCAGAAAAAUCUUCCCUCUCUACUAAUUUCCAUGGAGGAAUAGGCAGGCGGCAUAAGAAUCUUCAUCUAUCUCUUAGCAUGUCUAAAACAUGUAUUGCUACAGUAUAUAGGUGUUUCAGCCCCUCUUCUUAGUUGGGGCUGGUAGCAGUAUCUUUUUAUUAGUUUGGAUACCCCUCCAGCACAUCCAAACCUAUACGGUAACAUUUUAGGAGUAAAGAUCUUUUUAAAUAUUUGUCUGUUAAGUGACAUCCACCACAUAAAAUAUAUAAGUGGUGGUUUACUGGCUGUUUGGGGUCUCAUUUUGUUUACAACUCUAUGUAUUUGGUAGUCUAAAUACACCCAGUUAACCUUAAGUUAUUUUUUUAACCUUUGUAAAAUUUCAAGUAGAGUUAUUUUAGUAGGCUAAUGGGGGUGCAAUGUGCAAUGUGCGUCUCAAGACAGUUCAGUAUUCACAGACAUUCUCUCGGUGGAGUCUAGAAAUGGAGCUUGAGAAAAUAAAACUUUUAAAAACCUUUCAGUAGCCCUAGAAUCCUGUUCAGCCUACUUACUAAAAGUACUGUUCCCUACUGAAAUUAAAUUCUCAAAGUUAAUUGUGUGCAAUUAAUUGUGAGUCUUACUUUUUCCCUAUUGAAUCUAAAUUAGCACCAUUUCUCCUUAGGGCUACUGCAAGAAGCCAGAGAAGUUUAGUCUCGAAAAGGUGUUGGAUGUUAUAGACAGGAUGACUAUUAGAAACUUGAUAGACCUGGGAGCCUGAGUAAGUGAUGACAAAGGCCAAUGAACCAUGCCAUUCUUCUGUACUUCAGGAGGCAAACAAGCAGCAUGUGAGAUGUCAGAAGUGUUUAGAGUUCGGACAUUGGACCUAUGAAUGUACAGGGAAAAGAAAAUAUCUACACAGACCAUCAAGGACAGUUGAAUUAGCGAAAGCUCUGAAAGAAAAAGAAAACAGACUAUUGUUGCAACAAAGAACUGGAGAAAGUACUGCAGAAAGGAAGACCAAGAAAAAAAGGUCUAAGAGCGUGACCAGUUCCAGCAGCAACAGCAGCAUCAGUUCAGCUAGUGAUUCUUCAUCCGAGAGUGAAGAUUCCUCUACCUCUUCUUCUUCUGAUGACAGUGACAGUGAUGAAAGCUCCUCCACUUCCUCAUCCUCCCCAUCUUCAAGUAGUUCUUCCUCUUCCUCAGACUUCGAGUCAGAUUCUAGUUCCUCCAGUAGCAGCAGCACCAGCACAGACAGCAGCUCUGAUGAUGAGCCACCGAAGAAAAAGAAGAAGAAAUAGCGUGGUGCCAUGUUCGGUGACAAUGUAGGACUGGUAUUAGUGAACGAUAAUGUCAUUCUCUAAGGAGGUUUUGAAUACAUUAUUGCCAAACAGCUUAACUGGUUAAAAUUUCUACAGUUUAAAACUUUCUAAGUGUUUUACAUAUUCGUCAUAGGACAUAAAAAGGUAUACAUGGCAAGUGAGACUUUUUGAAAGAGUAUUUUUGUGGUUGAUCCUUUAAUGGGAAAUUUUACUUUUUUAGUUUAAAAAUCUGUCAUCAGAUUUGUUUAUAUGACCUAAAGUCCAGUAACCCUAAUGUUUACAUGCCAGAGAGCAAAACCUUCUUGUUUCAGAUUGUGCUGUAUACAUCAUAUACUGAUUCUCUGUUUACAGCAGCUUCAUUUAUGUUUUAGAAAAUCCUGUAAACUAGUUAGGGAGGAAGAGGAAUAAGAGCUUCUAACACCAUUGGCUGCAUAGUACUCAAAUAGCAUUACCAUUAUCUGGCUAAACUGAAUGCACAGUAUUGCUCAGAGGGUGACUUUAGUCCCUUUGCUGAGAAAUAUAUUAUACUUUGCUGCUGAGCGUUUCUCAAAUGGCUUUUCCUAAGAUUUCCAGGUCAAAGAUUAAUUGCAACAUAAAACUUUUAUUAGCGCUAAUUUGUUAGAGAUCCAUAUGCUGUUUGUACUGUACAAAGGCUUAAGCUAGUCUUUUCAACUUUGCCUGUUUCCUGAGCUCAUGGAACUGUAACAUUCUCUGAGAGAAAUAAUGUCUCUUGCAGCAGUAGCAUUGGAAUAAGAUGAAGGUUAUAGGCAGGGGGUGCGAAUCAUAAUAACUGAUGCUGCUUAGGAGUUUCAUCUUUGUGCCUUUUUUUAUAAAAUUAAAUGUAUCCUAAAAAGAGAGGGGUCAUAGUGGUGUGUCUGUCCUCCCCUCCACCCCCCCAACUCAUUUAGCUUUCUACACAGAAUAUGAGUCAGAGAACUUGGAGAAAUGGUAGUAACAUAAAUAUAAUCGAGGCAUUAUUUUCAAAGCAAGGACAAAAAGCUAUUUUCAUUGGAAGUUUGGUAAGAAAAAAUGAGUUACCUUAAAUAUAGUUCCCAAAAGGAAGAUAUUUCCUUUUUGCUAUUUUUGCAAAAUUAUUGUGUAGUGUAAGAUUGCCAAUUUAUGUUUUUUGAGCACAUGGUAGCUGGCAUUAUAGUCUGCAGUAUAAAAUGAUUAUUUGGCUCAGUCUAUUAUUUUUACAUAAGAAGUUUGUGCACAUUUGUGAAAGAAAUGAAAGAGGCAUAUUAGCUAAAAACCCCAGCAAACUAGCAUCACAACCCUGCAUACUGCAAGAUGUCUUUUGCAAGUUGCUAAAUAGAACUAAUUUGCUGUUGUGGUGAAUUUAAAAAGAUGGCAUUAGUCAUUUAAUUUUGUGAUGGAGUCUCCUUUUCAAUUUCUUAUUGAUGGAGUUUGCUUUUUUUGGGACGGGGCAUCAUAUGUGAAAGAAAAUUCUUAGAUAUCCUGGUUUAGGUAAAAUAUAGUAAUUAAACUAUUUUUUAUAUUUUUAUGGAAAAAGUAAUGUGUAGAGUUACUUUUGAAUAAAAUGUGCUUCUAUUUAAAUGUUUGAAAAUAUGUAUGUUGUGUGAUUUAGUCUGUAAUCAUUACUGAGUUUUACAGAACAUGCUGAAGACUGUAAAUAAAACUACCAGGAAAUUGUUUGUCAUCUUAGAGAAUGUACCAUUUAAUGGGAAAAAUUAAUAAAUUAUUAAACACUG